AUGACGAGAGUGCGAAGACUCGCCAAAAAACCCAUCUUCCUACCCGAGUUCGUCGUAACACUCAUCCGUACCCCCUUCCUCCCCCCACGAUAUGCCACAUUCUACGUCCCCCUCGAAUUCAACAAGCUCGACAUGCGCGAGUACAUGAAACAACUAUACAACGUCGAUAUUAUAAGCAUACGAAGCGUCGUGGAGCAGCAAAAGGUUACACGCGAACGACGAGAUGGAGGAUUUGGACAUGGACCGUUGCGACGACCAAAGUCAAAGAAGAAGAUGACAAUUGAGAUGAGGGAGCCGUUUGUCUGGCCUGAGGCUCCGGAGGAUAAAUCUGCCUGGCAACCAGACCAAUUCUACCGCCUUCGCGAACACAGCCAAGCAUACCAAGAAGCCUCUCAACCUUCCGCGGCCGCAAAACCCGUAAAGGACGAAGCCGAGACCUUCGAGAACCAAGCUAAAGUAUUCCUGGAAGGAAAACAGACCUGGAAACCGACGUGGCAGGCAUUGGGCUUGAAAUAUGAUCGGCCGGCAUUGGCCAAGUUGCAUGCAGAAAAGCCGAAGGAGGUGUCGGCAAAGGAGACAAAAGAAGAGACACGAGAGAUGAAAGAGACGAAAGAGACGAAGGAAGAGGCUUUGGACUCGUUAGAUGAGAUGUCUUCCUCUUCGUCGGUGGAUAGCACGUCGCCAGAACAUCCUAAAAAGCCCUAG